AUGAACAACUCAUUUGAAGAUAUUGAUUCUGCAUACGGUUCUGGUGAUCUCACCCCUCCACAUACCGAUUUUGAAUAUGAUAUUGGUGAGACCUCAGAAGGAARGAAGUUUUUUAUCCCAAAUGUCGAUGACACACUUAAGCCAAAGACGAAUGCACAAUAUGAAACUUUAAACGAUGCUGAAAAGGUGUACARAGAUUAUGCGGACAAGGCCGGAUUUGAUGUUCGUGUACAUGCAAAAAAAACGAACAAACAUGGAAACAUUCAAAAUAGAUGGUUUGUCUGUAGUAGAGAGGGWAACCCAAAGAAAAGUCAAUUUAAUUCUUUGGAUAUUCAGCCCGGUGAGAGGAGAUAUCGCAAUACGAACCUAAAACGUUGUGGUUGUAAUGCAUGUAUAAAAAUCCGCUUGACAAAAGAUGGGGAUUGUUACGAGAUUUACGAGUUUGUUGAGCAACAUAACCAUGCGUUGUUCAACGAUAACGAUCGUCGUUUCUCUAAGAAAAAUAGACAGAUGAAGUAUACGGAUUUCAAGAMUGUACUCAACAGCUCGAGUUACAAAGUCGGUGCGAGAAGGGCACAUCGUAUUCAAACGGYAUUGAACGGGGGGUUUGAGCAUACUCGAGUUUCAGAGAUUGAUUUCAAGAAUUUUAAGAGGGAUGCUGUUGCUUGUGUUGGGAACAAGGACGCAACGAUGUUGAUCAAUAAACUAUCAAAUAGACGUGACGUUGUUCCAGAUUAUUUCUUCGAAUACAAGUGUAAUGAAAAUGAGUUGAUCGCAAUUUUUUGGGCAGAUGAAGUUGCUAGGAUUAACUACAAAKAAUUCGGUGAUGUCAUAUCAUUUGACGGGACGUAUCGCACGAACAAGCAUGCCAUGAUUUUYGUGCCUUUUUUGGCCGUUGACAAUCACAAGGCUUCCGUUGUYGUCGGGUCCGCUCUAAUCAGUGGCGAGACAAUCGAGAACUUUACAUGGGUUUUAAAGGCUUUCAUAAAAUGUCAUGRGAAGCAACCAGUUUUCGUCAUUACAGACCAAUGUUCUGCAAUGAAGCAAGCUAUCCCGAUGGUGUUUACGGAAGCCAAACACAGACUCUGUAUGUGGCACAUUAUGAAAAAAGUGCCUUCAAAGGUCAGUGUCGCACUAAAUCAAGAUCCUAGUUUUAAUAAAGUAAUCAACACGCUCGUAUGGAACAUACAUAUUGGACCAKCGGAGUUUGAGCRUCGUUGGCAUGAGAUGAUCGAGCAAUACAAUCUCGGGGGAGAUACUUGGUUCACAGAUAUGUAUGCAAUUCGACACUCGUGGAUYCCUGCCUUUUACAAGGACACUCCAAUGUCUGGUCUAAUGAAAACAACCUCAAGAUCCGAGAGUUCGAAUUCGUAUAUUAAUAUAUACGAAUCUUACUGGUUUGAUUUGGUUCAAUUCCUUAAUAAUUACGACGUARCUAUAGAGAAGCAAAGAUACAGACAGUCUGUUCAUGAGACAGUAACGAGAACCACUAAUCCAAAAUUUGUUACUCCGUUGCGUUUAGAAAGUUAUGCAUCAAGAAUAUACAGUCGRAAUGUGUUUUCUGACAUACAAAAGGAGAUAAAGAAGGCUGUAUGGUGCUGUGCUAUAGAGAAUGUCGAAUGUCGGGAUGUCUUAAAGACAUUCGUGAUUAGCCACAAGACGAAGAAAUCAUCUGAGAARAUCACAUAUUUGGUGAACCGUAAUUACUCAACAKAUACCGUCGAAUGCGAGUGCAACCUAUUCACGCGUAAUGGUUAUCUUUGUCGUCACGCGUUCAAGGUAUUGAUAAACGAUGAAGUUGAAUUCAUACCAGAUAGAUAUGUGUUACGGCGAUGGAAAAGRCAUUUAGUUCCAGUGCAGAUACAAUCUUCAAGGGUGCGAUACGGCGAGGUUGAUGGCGAAAAGGAAAAGUGCAUUAGUAAUGUAUAUUCGAAGGUUGACGAUAUCAUAAGCAUCGCCCGGAAUGAUAAGUCUAUAUUGGCUAGAUUUGAGAGAAAUCUCGACGCAUUUAUGGUUGAUAUAGCGAAGGAAUUACCAUAUGAAGACCCAUCUCAACAGAGGAUGGAUGCAAUUAGGGAACAUCUAGGUGUUUCAAUACCGGAUGAGGUGGAUAUUCUACCACCUUCUGGCAUUAGGAACAAGGGUUGCGGGACUGGUAAAAGGCUGGUAAGUGUAUCUGAAAAAAUCCAGACUAACAGCAAAAAGACAAAACGAAGAUGUGCAACAUGUGGACAACGUAGUGGUCAUGACUCACGUAAUUGCCCAGAAUUGGUAGAUUAG